ACGCCAUUGCACGAGAUCGCGCGCCGCCAUCUCGGGGCGCGCCAGAGAUCGCAUGAUUUAUGGCGCACUGGGGUUUUGUAAUUUCGCAAAUAACAAAGUGACUCAGACCUGUCGCCCGUACGUGAACCCGCCGUCGACGACCCUCCACCCCGCGGAUUGUUCGCGAGCGAAUGCGUCCGAAUCUUUCCUGUCAAUCGAAGUUGUCAGCGAGGAUUUCGCUUUAUCCUUAUCGUGCGAGGUAAAAAACUCGACGGUGAUCCUGGGAUUGCACCCUCGUCGUUGUCGCGACACGACAUUUCUGUGAAAUUUCGCAAAAUUGUCCAAGCUAUAAUGGCUGAAGAACAGUUUUCCUUGGUGUGGAACAGCUUUCCGAGAAACUUGUCCUCAGGCCUGUACACUCUGCUGACAGAUGAGCAACUUGUGGAUGUUACGCUAGCAGCUGAAGGUCAAAUCUUACGAGCACACAAACUGAUAUUGUCAGUUUGCAGCACAUAUUUUAAAGAGCUCUUUAAGGUAAAUUCGUGCAAACAUCCUAUUGUGAUACUGAAAGAUGUCAAUUAUCGAGACUUAUCGGCUAUGCUGCAUUUCAUGUAUCAGGGAGAAGUCAAUAUAAAGCAAGAAGAUAUUGCUAGCUUCCUUAAAGUUGCAGAGACUCUCCAAAUAAAAGGAUUGACUACAGAAUCGGAGGAAAAACUCGGGAAUCUCGGAAGAAAUGUGGAAGACUUUGAGGAUCGUUUCUUCGAUGUGGAAAGGGACAAAAAUGAUCUCGGCACAAAUGACAGAAAUGUUUCCGCAAUUGAUAGACUGACGCAUCAUAUCAUGGACAAGGAACAAUCGAGCCUAAACACUUUCACGGAAAAUUCGACAACAGGCGGAAACAGACUCUCUACAGAACAGACAUCAAGUUGCCAUCAACAUAGUUGCACGGAAGAUGACUAUAGUCUCCCAGAUACUCUGACAGCAUUCAGUGAGACGUGCAAAAUCGCUGGUGAACCGAGUGGGAUAGAGGAGUCGCCUUUGGAUUGCACGUCCGACGUGAAUCAGGAGCCGAAACACGAGCCGCUGGAUUAUAGGAUGGAUACGGAUAUGGAAUCCAGAUACAAUUCGUGUACAACGGAGAAAAUACUCUAUAACUCCGAGGAGAAUGCGCAACAGAAACAAGAUUUUGCGCCAGACAUGCAGUUAGUUCCCUACAAUCAGAAUUCACAAACUCAGCCGUUCGGUGUCAGCAACGAAAUGGCAUUUCGAGGCGAUCUCGCGUACGACGCAGCGAAUCCCAGCAGCAAGGGUCGACGUACCGUCAAGGGUAUCCCUGGCAGCAGUUUGCCGUUGGAGACGACGUUGCGUGUCGUUUCCGAGCUCGGUCCGACUCUGCGUAUGGAACGUGGCAAGGUAAUCCGCAUGUACGCGUGUCCUUGGUGCCUGCGUCACUUCACGCGCAAAGAGAAUCUCAAACUCCAUGUCCGAUAUAUACAUGGUCCGCUUGAAAGUCUCACGUGUAAGCUUUGUGGUAAUAAAUAUAAGAACAGUAAUAGUCUGCGUGUACACUCCUACCUCUAUCACAACGCCAAGCGGGACAAGCAGCAACACGACAAGUCGCUUACGGCCGGUGGCGACGACGCCGGGGACGCGUAAAGGGACAGAGUUUUUUCUUGAAGAGAAUACUCUUUUUUUCUUGUUUUUUUUUCUAUGAGCUCCUGCACCGAGGGCAUUGAACAUUGAUGAGUUAAAACAGACGAGUUAGUGCUGCGAAGAGUGAAAUUUGUUAUAUAUUUAUACCUAAUCGCUACUUACGUAAUUAAUCCGGACGCAAUCUAGAUACAUAAUAAAUAUCGAGUAUUUCUAUACGUUUGCUAGAUAAGCGGAAGGUUUAUAGAAAUAAAGAACGCCUUAUUGUAUA